AUGAUCGAUGAGAAUCUACCCACCUUCUACCUAAACAAAGCCAACAAGCGUCGGGAGAAUAACACCAUCUACUUCACCUACCGUGGGAGCGACCCCGAACCCGCCUAUUCCUUGCGCUACCCCGACCUCUCGUCCCCGCAGUCCAAGAACCGCUAUGCCGCCGCCCUGUUCGAUCCCUAUGUCCCCAGUAUCGUCUACGGAGAGGUCCUGCUGAUCCCGGAAUGGACUCGACCGACCUUGUCCGCUGAAGCAAUCCGCCAGAAUGGAGGCAUCCCGCCCCCGCCGGAACCCAUCCUCCCAUCCCAGUUUACCAUCCAGCUCUACAAUCCUGACCAGCAGGUAACAGUGCAUUACAAGCCCAAGUCGUGGAAUUCGCCUGCAACCUGGGCUUUCGAGAUGCCCCAGCGCUCAUUCCGUCAGCCGUCGAGCUCGAAGCUGGAUCGCACGCAAAGCGACCCCGCCGUGUCCGAGUACACGCCGAAGUUGAAAUUCAGCUGGCGUAGGGAUGGGAAGUUGACCAAGGAUCUCUCCUGUCUCCUGUCAGGGAUGACAACAACCUCCCUUGUAGAGCCGAAGACGAAGAGGAAGGAGCCUGAUAUCACGAUCUCGUUCUUCCGGAGUCUGCGGGAGAUCACGCUGUAUGAGCCUAAUCUCUACCGGGUGGAGAUGGAGGACUUCAAGGGACUGGAAUUGGUUCUUAUGCUGGGCGCAGUCGUCAUCCGGGACGUCUAUUUCAGUCCGCUCAGAGAGGCCUUUAAUGUUUCUGAUCCGCCGACCGGUGCUGGCAAGGUGAAGGACGCUGCUGCAAAGCCAGCAGCGACCAGCCCUACAGGAUCAUCUCCACUGGACGGACCAGUGGCGUCUGGCGCAUUGAAUGGAGGCCCUUCCCCCAAACCGGAUCGUCCGCAGAGACCUCAUAUCACAAUCCCACAGGAGAAACCACAACGACCGCCGUCGCCCGUGGACAUACGGUCGCAGGAGGAAAUCCAAGCCGAGAAAGUCCGUAUGCAACAGCGAAGGGAAUGGGCGGCGCAGGAGGAACAGCGUCGCACGCGAAAAUUGCUAGAAGCGGAAGAGAAGGCCAGACGCCGGCGACAGGUGGAAGUCGACAAGGAGACGAAACGACUGCAGAAGCUCUACGGCGAGGAAGAGCGGAGAGUCCUGGAGCAGCAGCGACUACAGCAUUCAUCACCAGGAAAACCGGCUACUCCGCCGCGCAGCAGUCAGAACAACUGUCUCCAGCAGCCUCAGCCUCAGCAUCAGAUAUACCGGCACCACAACUCAGCGUCCGUAGCGCAUCUCAACUCUUCGAGUCCCUAUCUGCAAGGGCCGUUAUCGCACUCCUCCGUCCAGCUCUUCCAACCGCCACACUUGGCUGCGUCGAUGCACAGCAACGGCAAUGGAUUGACGCCGCAGAUGAAAAAGAAAAGCAGUUUCUUUGGAUUUCGGAAGUCUCCCGACGAGGCUAAACUUAGCAAAAAGCGGAGUUCCAUGUUUUGA